GAAACGAAUCACAGCAUCCUGCACUGUUUUCCUGCAAAUCACCAUUGCAAAGCGCCAUUACUCGCGCAACGGUCACAAACGAAUUGACGUAACACAAAGAAACCUGCGCAGCAGCACUGAACAGAUAUUGACGUCAUACGAAGAGUGCAGAUGGAUCAAUACGGUCGACAGAAGUUUUAACUAUCUGGAGUGCGGAUAAAUUUUUACUGAGAGUCGUAUAGGAAUCUAUAAUCUAGUACUUUCCAAAAUACGCCGAGAGUAUUCCUGAUGGUGAAACGAGCGUUGCUUCAUCGAACGCAGCUAAAGAAAACAACAUCUAUGUAGUUGGUGGUACGAUGCCUGAAAUAGAGGGCGCUAAAUUGUACAAUACCUGUACUAUUUGGGGUCCCGAUGGAACUUUGAUAGCAAAACACCGAAAGGUACAUCUAUUCGACAUCGACAUUCCUAAUAAGAUUACUUUUCGAGAGAGUGAUUCACUCAGUCCUGGUAACUCCCUAACGACGUUCGAUGUGAAGGGCUGCAAAAUAGGUAUUGGCAUUUGCUAUGAUAUUAGAUUCGAGGAAAUGGCACGCAUUUAUCGGAACAAAGGUUGCCAAAUGCUGAUAUAUCCAGCGGCAUUCAAUAUGACCACUGGACCACUGCACUGGUCAUUACUUCAGCGUUUCAGAGCGAAUGAUAAUCAAUUAUACGUUGCCUGCAUAUCACCGGCUCGUGUUCCUUAAGCAAGUUACGUCGCAUGGGGACAUACACAGUUGACCAAUCCCUGGGGAAAGAUUCUUUACGAUUUGGAAACUCAAGAGAAUAUGGCAGUCACCGAUAUCGGUAA